AUGAAAAAUUAAACCAAUUAAUCCGAGAUCUGUCAAUAUUGCAAUUUAAGUGACUGUGAAUGUUCAGACCAAGAGGAUUGGGACAGUUGUGAUUCACCUAAACCAAAAACUCUCUAUUCUUUCAAAGAAAUCAAUCUGCAAAACAAAUCAUUAUUAGCUGAAAUCAGAAUCAUUUGCAAGAAUUUGAUUUAUGUGAUUGGCCUAGCACCCAACAUAGCCAAGGAAGAUGUAAUCUCAUUUGUUUAUUCGAGCAAUUAAAAAAACCCGAGUAUUUUGGGCAAUAUGGAUAAAUCUAAAAAUUAAUUGUGAUCCAAAGCAACACCUUCAACCCCCCCUCUCAUGCUGCUUACAUAACUUAUCGAAAUGAAUAAGAAGCAUCUUUAGCAAUCUUAGUAAAUAUAAUUAAUAUUUAUUUGUUUUGGCAUGUGAAAAAUUUCCCUUACACGACAGAUAAGUAAAGGCAUCCUUUGGAACCACCAAAUAUUGCACAAACUUCUUGAA